UGGAAUGAGGUGGAAUCCAUCGCCACUUGUCGUGUUACCAGCUCUGCCGACCGUCCAUCUCCGUCGAUGGUCUAUCUCGCUGGCGCCACGUGGUUUCACGGCAUCGAUUCGUCCGACCAUGCGGCGUUUGCCGGGAAAAAGGAGUGGGGGGGUGGUGGUGAAAUUCCGGCAAAGAAAAAGAAAAGCAAAGAAUAAAAAAAAAAUAAAAAAAAAUACAAAAUUGGGAAAGAGAGUGCUUUCACUGUCUCUCGCCCAUGAAGCCUCCUUUUUCGACGAGUUCGCGAUAGUCCUUCGAAUGUAACCGCCGAAGCUCCGAAAUAUCUCCAUGCUUCGAUUUCUUCAGAGCCGGUUUUAUGGAAUUGGUAUUUUGGUUGACGAGAUCACGGUGUGACGAGUGAUUUGUGAUUCGAAUUCGGUAAUUGGAAGAGUUCGAGGUGAAGGGGCCUUGAUCUGAGGGUUUGGGUCGUGGGGAGGUGACCAUGGCGUGCCGGGGGUUUUGGGAAUGCAUGCUGAAGCUUCUCAAUUUCCUUCUGACAAUCAUUGGCUUGGCGAUGGUGGGGUAUGGGGUGUACUUGCUGGUGGAGUGGAACAAGAUUUCUUCUGGUGACGGGGAUGGUCCGAUAUCGCCAGUUAGUGAUAAUUAUGAAUUCACGAAGCUUCGCCGACCCAUGCUUGCAGUUGUAACUCUAUCCGAAAGUAUUCUUGAUAAACUCCCGAAUGCUUGGUUCAUUUACUUAUUCAUUGGUAUUGGAGUUAUUCUCUUUGUCAUAUCUUGCUUCGGUUGUAUUGGAGCACUAACAAGGAAUGGAUGUUGCCUAUCUUUUUAUUCUUUCUUGGUGAUCUUGUUGAUCCUAGUUGAGCUGGGAGCUGCAGCUUUCAUCUUCUUUGAUCACAGCUGGAAGGAUCUAAUUCCAGCUGAUAAAACAGGGGACUUUGACAUGAUGUAUGGUUUUUUAAAGGAGAACUGGAAGAUAGCAAAAUGGGUUGUUCUAGGAGCUGUUAUUUUGGAGGCAUUGUUGUUCUUCUUAGCUCUUAUAGUAAGAGCAGCAAACAGGCCUGCUGACUAUGACAGUGAUGACGAUGAGUAUAUCGCCCCUAGAUCUGGCAUCCAACAACCACUGAUCAACCGACAAGGAGUUCCAGCAACUGGGGUGCCUGUACCUGCUAUUCUUGAUCAACGUCCAAGCAGGAAUGAUGCUUGGAGCCAGAGGAUGAGGGAAAAAUAUGGUCUUGAUACCUCUGAGUUUACCCACAACCCAUCAGGCCUGAGCAGGUAUCAUCAAGCCUCAGCACCUCCUGCAGAAGAAAGGGGCCGUUGCACCAUACUGUGAAACUUAGGUGGCUGGUGGAAUUCCAUAAACAUGGUUUGCUAGACCUUGCUUGAGAGGGUGUGAAGCUUUUGAGAAUUGUCAACUUAUAUCUGCGUGUGGAGAAUAGAUCAAUUGUAUAAAUUUAGUAUAUAACCUAUCAUUUCACACGUUUUUAUUCUUCACUUCAUUGUUUUCAUUUUUAA